GCCGGGGACAAGUGGCUGAAUGAUCGAUGUGACACUAAAUGCAGCUGCAGCAGAGGGCAGCUAGACUGCACCGCCCACAGAUGCAACGAGAACUCGGUCUGUGCACUGGGGAAGAACGGGAGGUACAAGUGCAGGCCCGUCUCGUUUGAAGCCUGCCUCAUAUCAGGAGACCCUCACUACCUCACCUUCGACGGCCUGGCCCACCACUUCCAGGGGGAAGGCACCUUCACCCUGGUCACCACCGACAGCGACCACAGUGACCAGAGGCUCCAGAUCGAUAAGGAACAGGUGACACCACCUUACGAUUCGAGAGAUGGGUUCCGAAUCUACCAGAGGUCCAGGACUCUACACCUUGAGACCGACUUCGGCCUUUCUGUCAACUUCGACGGAAGAGAAAACGCUGACAUUGUGGUGCCCAGCCUCUAUAAGAAGAAGCUUCGGGGCUUAUGCGGGAAUUACGACGGGAAAUACCGGAACGACUUCACCUUGCCAGACGGCACGCGGAUUUCCGACGUGGCUGCGUUUGGGAACAGCUGGAAAGUGCAAGAGGGAGGCUCCGGUGGGAGAGAGAAGAGCUCGCAACCGCCUGACGAGAGGAGAUACAGACGAGAGAUCCCUGACGUGGACACUGAACCUGAGAGUGGAUACGAGAUGAGGUGUACAGAGAGCCAGCUAAGCCUCAUGAACAGCACGGCCAACUGCGGGGGGCUCCUGGACCCGUUGGGCCCCUUCCGAGACUGCCACCCCUUCAUCAACCCGCACAUGUACCACCAGAACUGCCUCUUUGACCUGUGCCAGUCUCUUGAGGACUCCGAGCUGCGGUGCACUAGCUAUGAGAUGUAUGUGCAGGCCUGCCAGGCUAAUGGGACCCAGUUGCCCAGUUGGAGAUCGGACACGGGCUGUGCCAUGACCUGCCCAGCCAACAGCAACUACACAUCCUGCAUGGAUGCAUGCCCGUCCACCUGCGCAGACCUGGCCGCCCCUUCCCAAUGCGACGGGCCAUGCACGGAAGGAUGCGAGUGCAGCAGAGGCUUUGUCUACAGCGGCUUAGCCUGCGUGCCGUACCACCAAUGUGGCUGCACUUACUACAGCAAGUAUUACCAGGUCGGGGAGAGGUUCCUCACUGAGAACUGUGCGGAGGACUGCGCCUGUAUAACGACUGAUACUGUUCAGUGUUUGACAACGGCUUGUCCUGAGAAUACAACCUGUGCGUUUGUCAACUCCACGAGAGCAUGCGUGAAAAAAGGACUGAAUUGUAACAGCAAUCCUUGUCAAAAUUACGGCGUUUGCGAAGAGACUGGAGAUGGAAUUAAAUGUUUGUGUCGUCCCUUGUAUAGAGGCGAAAACUGUGAGGAUGUGACAGUCGUCAUCGUCAUUGGAGUUGUGGCGGCCAUUUUGUUCCUCAUCAUCGUAGGGGCGAUCAUUUCCUGCCUGUGCUACAGGAGGCGAGGAUUGAAGGGGAGUGGGAAUGUGAGCGAAAUCAGUUCCAUCGACAUUGCCGAUAUCACACAGAGCAUGCAACUCGUCCGAGAUACGAGGCACAUUGGAAUAAACAACCCACACUACCAGUACUAACCGAUGGUAAUGCUAGUGACCAAACUCGAUUCACAGUCAUUGACUCCCACAGCGUGGAAACAGGACCUUCGGCCCAACUUGCGCAUACUGGCCAACAUGUCCCAGCUACACUAGUCAUAGAGUGAUACAGCGUGGAAACAGGCCCUUUGGCCCAAUAUUCCCACACCGGCCAACAUGUCCCACCUGCCCGCGUUUAGUCAAUAUCCCUCCAAACCUGUCCGAUCCAUGUACCUGUCUAACUGCUUCUUAAACAUUGCAAUAGUCCCUGCCUCCUCCGGAAGCUCGUUCCAUACACCCACCACCCUCUGUGUGAAAAGGUCACCCCUCAGAUUCCUAUUAAAUUUUACCCCUCUCACCUUAAUGCCCCUGAAACCUGAACGGAAACCUCUGGAGACUUUGCGCCCCACCCGAGGUUUCCGUGAGGUUCCCGGAGGUUUUUGACAGUCUUCCGACCUGCUUCCACUACCUGCAACCUCCGGCAACCUCCGGGAACCGCACGGAAACCUUGGGUGGGGCGCAAAGUCUCCAGAGGUUUCCGUUCAGGUUUCCUAAGUGGGACAGGUGCAGGAGGAGGCCAUUCGGCCCUUCGAGCCAGCACCGCUAAACCUGUGUCCUCUGGUCCUCGAUUCCCCUACUCUGGGCAAGAGACUCUACCCGAUCUAUUCCUCUCAUGAUUUCGUACACCCUCUGAGUGAAAAGAUUGCCCCUCAGGUUUCUACGGCACCCGUGCCUGUCCUCUGAACGCAACACAUUAACCUGCCCGCUACUCUUGUUUAAUCAAAUGGGCAGCGCAGCGGAUAGAACUGCUGACUUACAGCUCUUGCAGCCCCGGAGACCCAGGUUUGAUCCCGAAUACCUUCUCCCCGAGACCUCGUGGGUUUUCUCCGAGAUCUUCGGUUUCCUCCCACACUCCAAAGACGUGCAGGUUUGUAGGUUAAUUGGCUUGAUGUAAAUGUAAAAAUUGUCCCCAGUGUGUGUAGGGUAGUGUUGGUGUGCGGGGAUCGCUGGUCAUAGAAACAUAGAAACAUAGAAAUUAGGUGCAGGAGUAGAGGCCAUUCGGCCCUUCGAGCCUGCACCAGCACCGCCAUUCAAUAUGAUCAUGGCUGAUCAUCCAACUCAGUAUCCCGUACCUGCCUUCUCUCCAUACCCCCUGAUCCCCUUAGCCACAAGGGCCACAUCUAACUCCCUCUUAAAUAUAGCCAAUGAACUGUGUGGCCUCAACUACCCUCUGUGGCAGAGAAUUCCAGAGAUUCACCACUCUCUGUGUGAAAAAAGUUCUUCUCAUCUCGGUUUUAAAGGAUUUCCCCCUUAUCCUUAAGCUGUGACCCCUUGUCCUGGACUUCCCCAACAUCGGGAACAAUCUUCCUGCAUCUAGCCUGUCCAACCCAUUAAGAAUUUUGUAAGUUUCUAUAAGAUCCCCUCUCAAUCUCCUAAAUUCUAGAGAGUAUAAACCAAGUCUAUCCAGUCUUUCUUCAUAAGACAGUCCUGACAUCCCAGGAAUCAGUCUGGUGAACCGUCUCUGCACUCCCUCUAUGGCAAUAAUGUCCUUCCUCAGAUUUGGAGACCAAAACUGUACGCAAUACUCCAGGUGUGGUCUCACCAAGACCCUGUACAACUGCAGUAGAACCUCCCUGCUCCUAUACUCAAAUCCUUUUGCAAUGAAAGCUAACAUACCAUUCGCUUUCUUCACUGCCUGCUGCACCUGCAUGCCUACCUUCAAUGACUGGUGUACCAUGACACCCAGGUCUCGCUGCAUCUCCCCCUUUCCCAAUCGGCCACCAUUUAGAUAAUGGUCGGCGCAGACUCGGUGGGCCGAAGGGCCUGUUUCCGCGCUGUAUCUCUAAACUAAACUAAUAACUAGUGUGGAGGGAUCGCUGGUUGGCACGGACCUGAUGGGCCGAAGGUCCUGAAAUACUAUCUACCUCAUCGGGGACCCUCGGACUAUCCUUGAUCGGACUACACCUUGCACUAAACAUUAUUCACUUAUCAUAUAUCUGUACACUGUGAACGAUUCGAUUGUAAUGAUGUGUUGUCUUUCCGCUGACUGGUUAGCUCGCAAUAAAAGCUUCUCACUGUAUCUCAGCUCACGUGACAAUAAACUAGACUGGCCUUCAUCAAUGUUAUGUCGUUCAAUAU